ACUGAAACCGAUAACUGAAGCCUGAAGGUGAAGUCUUCUUCUCUACUCUACGGCCAGCCGACGACGGCGGCCAGCCAAAGUUCACUCUCUCAACAAAACUCGGAUCGCUUCCAACUCUGCUGCUCCUGAUCUCUCUCCCCAAAGCCCACCGAACCCAACACCACCGCUCUCCUCUGCCUCCAUCAUCAGCAUCCACCACCGCUUCGCAGCGAGCUUCUUCUUCUUCUUCCUGCUCCCCUCUCGAGCCCACCCCUUUUCUUCAGACGCAUACCAUACCAGCGUUUCUUGAUCCACUUUCGGAUGGGAAUGAAUGUCCCGCAGCCCGCCGGGGCAGAUGCUGAAAUGUAGGGACCGACCACCAGGAAGGAAGGAAAGGAAAGGAAGGAAAAGAAAGCCAGCAGAAACCCGACCGCUUUGAAAUCUUUCUGCCUUAUUUCUCGCCUGUGAAGUCUUGGAUUUGAUUUGGUUUCUGGAUCAUCAUAAGGCCCGGACGGAGGAGAAGGAGUGCCGUAUCGCAGUGAGUUGGGAGAUCCAGAACUUGUUGGGGGUGAUGAAGAGGCUGCAGUGCUUCAAGCAGGGCGGAGGCGGCGGCGGGAAUGGCGGGGCGGCGGGGAGGCGGCUGGAGCGGCGGCUGUCGCUGGGGGACUACAAGAAGGCGGUGUCGUGGUCAAAGUACCUGGUGGCGCCGCCGGGUGCCAAGAUCCGGGGCGGCGGCGAGGAGCUCUGGAGCGCCGACCUGUCCAAGCUGGAGAUCCGGGCCAAGUUCGCCUCCGGCAGGCACAGCCGCGUCUACUCCGGCCGCUACGCCGGCCGCGAGGUCGCCAUCAAGAUGGUCAGCCAGCCCGAGGAGGACGCCGCGCUCGCCGCCGAGCUCGAGCGCCAGUUCGCCUCCGAGGUCGCCCUCCUCCUCCGCCUCCGCCACCAAAACAUCAUCUCGUUCGUUGCAGCAUGUAAGAAACCCCCAGUAUUCUGCAUCAUCACCGAGUACAUGGCAGGGGGUUCCCUCAGGAAAUAUCUACAUCAGCAAGAGCCUUAUUCAGUUCCCAUUGAAUUAGUGCUGAAAUUAGCUUUAGAUAUUGCUCGUGGAAUGAGCUACCUACAUUCACAGGGGAUACUUCAUAGAGACCUGAAGUCAGAGAAUAUACUUCUCGGGGAAGAUAUGUCAGUCAAAGUGGCAGAUUUCGGGAUAUCAUGUUUGGAGUCGCAGUGUGGAAGCGGCAAGGGGUUUACUGGAACCUAUAGGUGGAUGGCCCCAGAAAUGAUCAAAGAGAAGAAUCAUACUAGAAAAGUUGAUGUGUACAGCUUCGGAAUUGUCUUGUGGGAGAUUUUGACUUCUUUGGUUCCAUUCAGCGAGAUGACACCUGAGCAGGCUGCUAUUGCUGUCGCUCUGAAGAAUGCAAGGCCACCAUUGCCUGCUUCAUGCCCUUUGGCCAUGAGCCAUCUGAUAUCCCAAUGCUGGGCGACCAACCCAGAGCGUAGGCCUCAGUUUGACGACAUUGUUGCGAUCCUCGAGAGCUACAAAGAAGCUCUCGACGAGGACCCAUCAUUCUUCCUGUCGUACAUUCCGCCACCGUUGCAGCAUCAGAACCAGCACCAGCAGAGCCUUCUCGGGUGCUUCCCUCGCUGCAGAGCCCUCCGACGAUCUGCAUCUCUCAAAGCGUGAUGCCGGCAACGUCCCCCCGAUAGAUCAUCUUCGCAAUGUAUAAUAUGCACCUUUUCUCCCAGAGUUUCUUUUUCCCUCGUAUGCGCCGGCCCUCUAUUAAUGUGGCAUCUAGGCCUGCUAUCAUUUCGUUUUCUUUUCCGCUGUUCGUGAUGAUGAUGAUUACCGUCGUGGAUGCCAUGGGCCUCUAGAUAUGACGAAACCAGAUAGUUCCCAGCAGAUUAUCUAUAAACGUCGCUGUCGUUUACUUUCCGAGUAAUGGAACCAUGAACUAGCCUCUGUAAUUGUAAUUAUAUAAUUAUAAUUGAGCUAUUCCGGAAA